UGAAAGAAAGAUGAGGAAAGGUUUGGACAAGGAUCUCUUGACACGGAACAAGCUCAUUUUAAGCUCUCGAGAGCGGAACAUGUGACGGGGAGGCAAGUGUGACGCAAAACUGAGGCUUCAUCGGAGGCCACGCGUUGAGCAUCGCCGCGCCCAGCGAGGACCUGUUGAUUCCGGGGCAGCCCAGCAUGGUGGCGGGCCGCCAGGGGCACUGAGUGUGCGGCGGGAGUCCGUGGCGAGGCACAGUGUGGUGGAGUGGCAGGCGCGGCGCGAGGCCCAGGCGAUGAGCGGGUGUUGAGGCGGCCCGCCCGGGCACCGCUGGCCACCACCGCUGCUUCAUGACGAUGAAGACGUGUGAACCGGGUCGUCCCCCAUCAGUAGACUCCCUCGGCAGCCUCUCCAUUCCCUCCCCAGGCGCCCUCGCCCCCUCCACGGCGCCCACCACGCCCCAUGCCCUCGUGGCCCCAGGGACCGCAGCCCCCGCCCCCAGCAUGGCCAGGGACGCAGUGGAGGGCCCGGGCGUCACCACAGGCGGCUCCUCGUCCUCUUCCUCCUCAUCCACGUCCUCCUCAUCGUCCGCGUCCACCCCCGAGGGCUCCAGCCUGCUGCAGGGCGGCAAGGGCAGCCUGCAGUUCAGCCCCGAGCAGAUCGACUGUGUGUGCGAGACUCUGCUGCAGGCGGGCGACAUGGAGCGCCUGGGAAGGUUUCUGUCCAUCCUGCCGCUACACACGGAGGUGUCCCGCUCCUCAGAGGUGAUCCUGAGGGCGCGGGCAGCAGUGGCCUUCCACAGGGGCACCUUCAAGGACGUGUACAGCAUCCUGGAGACAAACACCUUCACACCCAAGUACCACACGGAGAUGCAGAACAUGUGGUACCGCGCCCACUACAAGGAGGCGGAGAAGAUACGGCAGCGACCCCUGGGUGCCGUGGACAAGUACCGCAUACGCAAGAAGUACCCGCUGCCCAAGACAAUCUGGGACGGCGAGGAAACUAUCUACUGCUUCAAGGAAAAGUCUCGUCUGGCGCUGAAGGAGUGUUACAAGCAGAACCGCUACCCGACCCCCGAUGAGAAGCGCAACCUGGCCAAGCAGACGGGCCUCACCCUCACGCAGGUGUCCAACUGGUUCAAGAAUCGACGCCAGAGGGACCGCAACCCAGCCCCCAGACCGGAGCUGCUGCUGGGGAGUCACGGGGACGGCUCGGUCAUGGCACACCCCUUCGAUCACGCGGGGCACGACAUGCGGGCAAUGUACGUGGCCAAGAUGACCUAUGACCCCUCCAAAGUGGGCUACGAUCCCUCCAAGAUGGGGUACGAUCCGAGUCUGGCCGGCGUGGCAGCCCCGCGCCACAACGUGAUGAAGCCGGACAUGUUGGCGCAGCACCUCAAGCCUGACGCCACCUCCCUCCUGCACCAAUUCCCCCACAUGGCCGCCGCCGCCGCCUCCUACCCCUACCACGGAUACGACGCCACCACGCUGCAGGCGGUCACGGCCACGCACCACCAGGACAUGUGAGCACCGCAUGUCACCUACACGUACACGGACAGGGACACGCCCCAAGCCCUGUGUCCGAGGGUGAGACGACGCGCGCGGUGAAGAGACGUAGUGAUCAGCGGUAACGCGUUGUGACGUGUGUGACGGCAGGUGCGCGUGUGUGCGUGAGUGAGUGAACUGCUGCUUAAUUGACGGUGACGCACAGAAACUUUCACAUAACCACCACCACCAUCACCACCAUCACCAUCACUCUCCGCGGACCAUAUUCUGAAACACUGCGCCACACCUGUGCUACACUCAAAAGGCUCCAGUAGUUGAAGUUACAAGGGUUUUUUGAGGGUGUUUUAUGGUUCCAGUGACAGAUAAACUAGGUAACUAUAUUAUUAACGGGAGAAACACUCUUGGGAACCCUGCUAAUCAUCUCUGUGGCCUUGGAAAAGAGUCGGGUGAGAGAGCACAACGUUUCUGAAUACGGCCCUUCCUCGCACCAGGGUCAUUGGGCCGGGCUAAGUGUGACCUGCGUGAGGGCCACUGUUGGGAUGCCCUCGGGGUCGUGGCCUGCGCGGGGUGGUCACACGAGAGGAAGGUCACAGGGGCGGGUCAAAGGUCGGAUAGUCCUCACUGGCGGCACCUCGCUUGUUGACAUAGGAGGAGGAGGACGAGGAAAGGGAGGAGGUGGAGGUGGAGGAGGUGGAGGAGGUGGAGGAGAAGAACCGCGCAUCACACCACACGCAAACGCACCCAAACAAACAAUAACACUGAAAAUACUCUAAAAAAAAAGUUAAAUAAAGUGCAGUAGACGCUUAACAAAACCUCCCGGGGAAGAAAAGUGUUAAGUGCAUUCGAAGUGUAUUCCUGACUUCAAUCUCGUAUACCUGAGCAACGGCGUAGUGACUUUAAUAAGGGUAAUGUGUGUGAAGCUGACCAUACCUGGCUGACUGACGGGCUACCUGGCUGCGUGGCUCUACCUGUGUCUGAUUUGUUGGUGUUUCUACCGUGGACUGACUGUGCUGUUAUGUGUGUGAUCAAAAAAAAGUGAGCUGUUCAGUGUGAUUACUACUACUACUACUACUACUACUACUACUACUACUACUACUACUACUGCUGCUGCUGCUGCUAUGAUCACUUCUAUUCCUCCUAUUGCUGCUUAUCUUCAGUCACUACCACUAUCACUACUACUACUACUACUACUACUACUAUUACUACUACUACUACUACUACUACUACUACCAUGAUGCCCCUACUACUAUCACCCCUAUUACUACUACUACUAUUCUUUUCGUCCAGUCAUCACUACCACCACCACCACUACUACUACUACCACUACCACCACUACUACUACUACUACUACUACUACUACUACCACUCUCGCCUCCCUUACCCUCAAAAGAAAAGAAUAACAUUAUAGUCUCGUGUUCUAACGAGGCGAAAGGAAAAAAAACAUGAAUGAAAAAUGAAAUAAAUUAAAAAAAUAUAGAUGAAUGAAUAAAUAAAUGAAUACUUGACUCACUUAACUCAUAUGAAUAAUUAUGGUGAGUUUGGGCUGGAGAUGAGUUGUGAGUCUGUUCUCCUCCUCCUCCUCCUCUUCUUCCUCUCCUUCCAUUCCUCCCUUUGAUGUAUGUUAAGAGGCGGAGGAAAGGAGAGGAGAGGAUAGGAGGAGAAAGAGGAGAGUACGUAGAAGAGAGAGAGAGAGAGAGAGAGAGAGAGAGAGAGAGAGAGAGAGAGAGAGAGAGAGAGAGAGAGAGAGAGAGAGAGAGAGAGAGAGAGAGAGAGAGAGACUAAAAGACCCUCCACAUACAUUCCUACCUCCACCUAUCAUGCCCUUCCUCCUCCUCUUCUUCUUCCUCCUCCUCCCCUUCCUCCUCAUCUUAUCCCACCAUGCGCAAUUCAACAAACCUCGUAUAUACUUUAUUUCUAUUUUAUUUUUAUACCUUAUAAUUCUCAAAGGCAGUAUUAAAAUGCAUCUAAUCAGAGAGAGAGAGAGAGAGAGAGAGAGAGAGAGAGAGAGAGAGAGAGAGAGAGAGUGUGUAAUGUACGUGACCGAGAUAUCAAUAACGAAUAUAUGCAUAAAAAAUAACAAGAUGAAGAAUAUGAAGAUGGAAAAAUGGAAGAAAAGAUGAAAAAGAAAAGUGACUGACACUGAAAAAAAAGACUGAAAAUAUGAAGAAUAAGGAAGUGGAAAACGAAAAUUGAAGAAAAGAAACGAAAAAGAAAAGUGACUGACAGAUUGAAAAGAAAAAAAAUAAGAAUAAGGAAAUGAAAAAAUAAAUAAAUAAAAAAAUGAAAAGAUGAAGAAUAGGGAAAUGAAAAAACGAUGAAGAAAAUAAAUAUGAAAAAGAAAAAUUACUGACUGAUUAAAAAAAAAAGAUGAAUACGAAGUUGACGGCACAAAGAUAAUGAAUGAUGAUAAUGACAAUGGCAAAGAAAAUCAUAUCGUAUUUUAAAAGAUUAGAUCUUUUCUUUCACAUUUCUUGACAAUCCGGGACAUUUUUUUUUUCCUUGUCUUAUAAUUUCCUUUCUCUUACCCCUUCCCAUCCCUCCUUUUUUUUUUUUUCCUUGACAGAUCGGAAAAUGGCGGGUAAUAUUUUCCCUUUUACUCACCUACUAUUUAUUUCCACCCAAUGCAUCAUCUAAUUGUAAAUAAAGGUACCUGUAAACGGCUAAA